AUGUUGAUGAAGAAGAUGUGGAUCGUGGAAGAGCGCAAGGACAAGACAGUCUACCGCCGACGCUGCCCCGGCGCCUCGGAGAUUCUGUCUUUCCUCUUCGUCUCGACGUGCGCCCUCCUGUUCCUGCUCAUCUGCUCCAUCCUGUACGGCACACGCACCGAGAACCCCUCGUUGCCGCCGCUCGUCAAGGAAGUCCUGCCCGCGGGCCGCUGUCUGUGCGAGUUCAGCACCACCUUUUCGUGCGAUACCUGUCUGGACUGCGCGAGCAACCAGGUCAUCUUGACGGGCAACUCGACGCUCAAGGAGGAGGAGGACUACUGGACGUUCAAAUAUACACGGGACAGGAAUAAUUAUGGCCUGGAUGAGGCCCAGUGUCAGAGCGCGUUUCCGGGACAGUACGAGGACAUUGAACGCGCCGUCAAGGUGCGCAAGAGGUGGGGGAAGGUGACCGAGGCGGAUCUGUCGAGUUUUGAUCUGACCAAAGGCAUGGUUCGGGGCAUGAUUUAUGACAGAGAGCUCUACAUUCUCGAAACCUAUCUAGUCGACAACGUCAAUCGCCAAAAAGCCCUCGCCUCCCUCAGCGCAAUGUAUCGCGCCGUCCUCGCCGCGCCUGCCAAAGCAGACAUUCCCAACAUCGAGUUUGUCUUCUCAGUCGAAGAUCUCCCCGCACAACCUACGAAGCCCAUGUGGUCGCUCGCGCGCCGCGUCCAGGACCACAACCUCUGGCUUAUCCCUGACUUUGGCUUCUGGAGUUGGGAUAUGCCUGCGUUGGGCACGCUCGACGAAGUAGCAAACGAGGCGAUAGAGCGGGAAAGCAUCGAGACGUGGGACCAGAAGAUGGAGAAGCUGGUCUGGCGCGGCAAGAUUACGUUUGCGCCGAAGCUGCGGAGAGCGCUGCUGGACGCGGCCAAGGGCAAACCGUGGAGCGAUGUUGGGCAGCUGAAGUGGACGGAUCCGAACUUCAAGGAGCAGUUUCUGGGCCCUGUGGAUCAGUGCAACUACAUGUUCAUUGCACAUGCUGAGGGAAGGUCCUACUCGGGCUCCCUCAAGUACCGCCAACUUUGCCGCUCCGUCAUCGUCUCGCACAAGCUGCAGUGGAUCCAGCACUACCACUACCUCUUCCGCUCCAACGGCUCGAACCAAAACUUCGUCGAGGUCGAGCGCGACUUCUCCGACCUCUCCUCUGCCAUGGAAGACCUGCUCGACCACCCCGAGAAAGCGAGGCGCAUCGCCGACAACUCUGUCCAGGUGUUUAGAGAACGUUACCUGACCCAAGCAGCCGAGGCAUGCUACUGGAGACACCUGAUCAAGCGAUGGAGGGACGUCAUGGCAUGGGCACCGAUGCUGUACAGUGGCGCCGCCGACGGCGACCGUGUCAAGAGGACGCAGAAGAGGGGGGUGAGGUACGAGACGUUUAUGUUAUACGAGCCCAAAAUACAACUAGAGUGGCCCAAAUCCGCUUCAUGA